GCCACUCCGGAGAGGCGAGAGGGAACGGCCCCGAGAUGGCCCGGCGAGCGGGCUCUUUGGCGGUGGGCGCCCUACACGUGGUGCGGGCCGGGGAACAGCCCUGGAGCUGGUAGCUGUCCGACGCCAGAUGGACCUUGACCUGUGCCUCGGCACUGCGUUCGUGCCAAGCCAAGACUAGCUGGGGCACGGGCGGAGCGCGCUCUAGGAGGUCGCCCGGAGCCCAGGCCGCGCUCGCCGGCGCGGCCAUGAAGAUGAUCCUGGUGCGCAGGUUCCGCGUGCUCAUCCUGAUGGUGUUCCUGGUGGCCUGCGCGCUGCACAUCGUGCUGGACUUGCUGCCCAAACUGGAGCGGCGCGCCGUGCGGCCCUCGGGGGAACCCGGUUGCUCGUGCGCGCAACCCGCGGUCGAGGCGGCGGCGCCUGGCUGGGCCAAGGCGCGGGGCCGCCCCGGGGAGCCCCCGGCCGCCUCGUCCGCGGCUGGCGACGCAGGCUGGCCCAACAAACACACGCUGCGUAUCCUGCAGGACUUUAGCUCCGACCCUUCCUCCAACCUCACAUCCCACUCUCUGGAGAAACUGCUGGCCGCAGCCGAACCGGCCGAAGGCGCCUUGCAGGGGCGGGAACCCGGCAGUCCCCGGCCCCGCGAUCUCGCGCACCGGCCACUGCUCCGAGAUCCUGGGCCCCGUCGGUCGGCGCCGCCCCCUGGCCCGAGCGGGGGCAGCUCUCUCCUGGCUAGGCUGUUUGAACACCCACUCUACCAGGUGUCGGUUCCACCGCUGACGGAGGACGACGUCCUCUUCAAUGUGAACAGCGACAUCAGGUUCAACCCCAAGGCGGCAGCUGAGAAUCCUGACUGGCCACGUGAAGGCACUGAAAAUGAAGAAUUCUUGCCCACGGGGGAGGUGGCAGUGGACUCCUACCCCAACUGGCUUAAGUUCCACAUCGGCAUUAACCGGUAUGAGCUCUACUCCAGACAUAACCCAGCAAUCGAAGCCCUCCUGCGUGACCUCGGUGCUCAGAAGAUAACCAGUGUCGCCAUGAAGUCAGGGGGCACGCAGCUCAAGCUCAUCAUGACGUUCCAGAAUUAUGGGCAAGCACUGUUCAAACCCAUGAAGCAAACGAGGGAGCAGGAGACACCCCCUGACUUCUUUUAUUUCUCUGACUAUGAGAGGCACAACGCAGAGAUCGCUGCCUUCCACCUGGACAGGAUCCUGGACUUCCGCCGGGUCCCCCCCGUGGCCGGCAGGAUGGUCAACAUGACGAAGGAGAUCCGGGAUGUGACGAGGGACAAGAAGCUGUGGAGGACCUUCUUCAUCUCCCCAGCCAACAACAUCUGCUUCUAUGGCGAGUGUUCCUACUACUGCUCCACGGAGCAUGCCCUGUGCGGGAAGCCAGACCAGAUAGAGGGCUCGCUGGCAGCCUUUCUGCCAGACCUGUCCCUGGCCAAGAGGAAGACGUGGCGGAACCCCUGGCGGCGCUCGUACCACAAGCGCAAGAAGGCAGAGUGGGAAGUGGACCCCGACUACUGUGAGGAGGUGAAGCAGACACCCCCCUAUGACAGCAGCCAUCGUGUCCUGGACAUCAUGGACAUGACCAUUUUUGACUUCCUCAUGGGGAACAUGGACCGCCAUCACUAUGAGACUUUUGAGAAGUUUGGGAACGAGACAUUUAUCAUCCACUUAGACAAUGGAAGAGGGUUUGGGAAAUACUCCCAUGAUGAGCUGUCCAUUCUGGUGCCUUUACAGCAAUGCUGCAGGGUCAGGAAGUCCACCUACCUUCGGUUGCAGCUCCUGGCCAAGGAGGAGUACCGGCUGAGCCUGAUGAUGGCGGAGUCCCUGCAUAAGGACCGGGUGGCCCCCAUCUUGUACCGGCCACACCUAGAGGCCCUGGACCGGCGGCUGCGCAUCGUGCUGCAGGCCAUCAGGGACUGCGUGGAGAAGGAUGGGCCCCAUAGCGUGGUGGAGGAUGACCUGGACCCUGAGCACAGAGAUCCCCCCGGCAGGUAGUGACCAAGAGCCGCCGGCCUGCCAUGGAGGAAGGACAGGCGCAUCCGCUGUGAAUUCGGUGACUUCAGGAAGGACGGGCCACUCCUGGAGUCAGGAACCGCGGGAAUGUGAGCUCCUUUGGCAGUGGGUCCGACAGGACUCAGUGUAUUCGCUUUCGAGACCGGAGAAGGUUGGGGAGGGGCGCUCUGUGCUCAUGGACGAGGCAGCCUGGCGGCAGGGUCAACCCACCCUUUUUGUAUGGAAAGGAAGCCUUUAUUUACUAUUUUGUAUUUAUACAUGGUGUCUAUGUAUAUAAAGAGUGACACCUCUGCAGACCCCAGACCACCUACCAAAUGCACACAUGGGGGCCGCACCCCUGGGGCUGGACUGUCCCGCCAAGUGCACCCACACUCUGGACCUGACUUGAAACAAACUCCCAUCUCUCUUCCCUUCCGGCGGCCCUGCAGCCAGAUGGCUGACAGCCUCGGCUUGGGCACAGGAGGCUCCCAAUGGCGUCACAGGCUGGUUGACAGACAGACUCCCGGUUUCAGAGUGACGUCAACGACCACGUCUUCCAUUUCUCAGAGCCGCCCAGCAGCACCUGUGACUUCGCUUGGCGGCCGAGGGUGCUGCUCGUCUUCUGACUUUGCUUUGAUAGCUGGUGUAAAUACAUCACAUAGGCUCCUCCAAGGGCCUCAGCAACAGGCUUAAUUUUGCGGCAUUUUUGUGGAAUAGUUGGCAAUGUGGUAAAAGUGCAAUAAAACUAGAGCA